UGUAUGACUAUGGUGGCUGGAGUCUUUGACAAUUUUUGGGCCCUUCCUCUCACACCGCCUGGCAUGGCAGGAAGCUUGGCCCCGGUGAUAUACUGGGCCAUACACACUACCCUCUGUAGUGCCUUGCGGUCGGAAGCCGAACAGUUGCCAUACAAGGCGGUGACGCAACCCGACAGGAUGCUGUCGAUGGUGUAGCUGUAAAACCUUUUGAGGAUCUGAGGUUGUUUGUGACAAAAAAAAAUCUUGCAGGGCAACAUAACAGCCGUGGUAGUCAAAAAUAAUGACCUGCCCUGCAUUUUUAUACAUAUACCCUAAACAUGAUGUUAAUUUCUUAACUCAGGAACCACACCUAUGUUAGGGAAGCAGACUCUUUGGUCCGUUAAAAAAAAAAACUAUGUAAAAUAUUGUUGUGCUGAAGCUUGGAAAAUAAGUAAAUGUGACUCUAGAUGACAACUUAAUUAUAUUUGUUUCCAUCAUUUCCCGAAGUGAAAUCCGCUUCGUGUUUUUGUUUCCUUGCCGUCAUACUAACGAGUAUCGCGAUACUGGUAUUGUCCCGGACCUACUGUGUUGACGCACCUGCUUUCAAUAUACCUGGAUAUCUAGCUAUAUUACUUAGCAUGUUUUCCUUUUGGCGCUAACCUACAUGUGUGCAUUCAUCAUAAUAACUACAUCUGAGCCAGAUGCGUCUUCUUGCUGCUGAGCCUUCUUCUUCGUGGCUUCUUAACACUGGACCAGCUCAGCACAUAUCAAAGCUGCAGGCUAAAGUUCAAUCUAGACUUGGUUUCCUCUAUCGUAAUCGCUCCUCUUUCACCCCAGCUGCCAAACUAACCCUGAUUCAGAUGACCAUCCUACCCAAGUUAGAUUACGGAGACAUAAUUUAUAGAUCGGCAGACACAAUCCAAGAUGGCAAACACCAGAAGAGAAGCUGUACUCCUGUCCAGGAUGAAACAUCCCAGCAUAGUGGCCUUCAGGGACUCUUUUGAAGGUGACGGCCUCCUCUACAUAGUAAUGGAGUUCUGUGGUGGUGGAGACCUACUCCAGAAGAUACAGCAACAGAAAAACACGCUGUUCUCACAGGAUACAAUUCUGAAGUGGUUUGCUCAGAUGUGUUCUGGUACGAUGUACAUCCAUGACAAACGGGUCUUACACAGGGAUCUCAAGUCCAAGAAUAUCUUCCUGACAGACAACGGGACGGUGAAACUGGGUGACUUUGGCUCAGCCUGUGUUCUAAACAGUGCGAAGGCCUAUGCUCACACGUACGUUGGAACGCCUUACUAUGUCUCGCCAGAGAUCUGGGACAGUAAGCCGUACAACAAUAAGAGUGACGUGUGGUCUCUCGGCUGUGUCCUCUACGAGCUCUGCACCCUGCGACACCCGUUUCAGGCUCCUAGUUGGAAGAGUCUGAUCAUGAAGGUGUGCCGUGGUUCCUACCCUCCUCUUCCUCAACAUCUGCCCUAUGAGCUGCACUACCUGGUCAAACAAAUGUUCAAGACCAACCCCAAAGACCGGCCGUCCCUCCACACCAUCCUCACGUCUCACCGCGUGGCCAGUCUCCUGCACAGACACCUGCCCAACAAGGUACUACAUGAGUCGGAGAGGAGAACAGGGAGAUGGAGGAGAGAGGAGGGGGAGAAGGUCGCCUCACUCCUGGGGCAGAAGACCCUCAUGACAGGCUCUACCCUGGAGGGUCUGGAGUCCCGUGUGGUCCCUGCUGAGGCCCCUGCUGAGUGCAGCACCAGUAGAGAGCAGCGUGGCCCUCGUAGACAGUGGGCCCCAGGCCCCUCAGACACAGCUCUACAGGUGUUGGCUAACACAGACCUCAUCUCCUCUGGAAGUCUGGCAACUACAGGCCAGACACAUUCAGAUAACAGAGAGCGGAAACGAUGGGACAGGAGUCCACCAGAGAAGCUACUCAGAUUGCUCGAGAAAGCCCAGCUCAGCACUGCUUUCAAAACCUACUCCAUACACACAGAAGGUGAAGACCCUCUGGUAGGUCCCCUGUCCCGGGGAGGAAGGGACGACACAGACGGACCGACAGCGGGACAAACCGAGGACGAAGAAAGGCUGCAACCACGCUCUGAUGACGAGGAUACAGACUUUGAAGAGGACUGUCCCUGUGACUGGAUGGAUGAACUAGAGCAGAUGUCUAUGGACCAAUGAUGUUACCUAGCGGUCUGCCUACCUAGUGGUCUGCCUACCUAGCGGUCUGCCUACCUAGCGGUCUGCCUACCUAGCGGUCUGCCAAGCUAGCGGUCUGCCAAGCUAGCGGUCUGCCAAGCUAGCGGUCUGUCAAGCUAGCGGUCUGCCAAGCUAGCGGUCUGCCAAGCUAGCGGUCUGCCAAGCUAGCGGUCUGCCAAGCUAGCGGUCUGCCAAGCUAGCGGUCUGCCAAGCUAGCUAUGUCCACUACAGUAGUCUACGGUGCCUUGGGAAACUUUUCAGACACCUUUGACUUAUUCCACAUGUUGUUACAUUAAAGCUUUGUUCUAAAAUUGAUUAAAUCGUUUUUUCCCCCUCAUCAAUCUUAACACAAUACUCCAUAAUGACAAAGCAAAAACAGUUUUUUAGACAUUUACAUAAAUAUUCAGACCCUUUACUCAGUACUUUGUUGAAGCACCUUUGGCAGCGAUUACAGCCUUGAGUCUUCUUGGGUAUGACGCUACAAUCUUGGCACACCUGUAUUUGGAGAGUUUCUUCCAUUCUUCUCUGCAGAUCCUCUCAAGCUCUGUCAGGUUGGAGCGUCGAUGCACAGCUAUUUUCAGGUCUCUCCAGAGGUGUUCGAUCUUGUUCAAGUCCGGGCUCUGGCUGGGCCACUCAAGGACAUUCAGAGACGUGCCACUCCUGCAUUGUCUUGGUUGUGUGCUUAGGGUCGUUGUCCUGUUGGAAGGUGAACCUCCGCCCCAGUCUGAGGUCCUGAGCGCUCUGGAGCAGGUUUUCAUCAAGGAUCUCUCUGUACUUUGCUCCGUUCAUCUUUGCCUCGAUCCUGACUAUUCUCCCAGUCCCUGCCGCUGAAAAACAUCCUCACAGCAUGAUGCUGCCACCACCAUGCUUCACCGUAGGGAUGGUGCCAGGUUCCUCCAGACGUGACGCUUGGGAUUCAGGACAAAGAGUUCAAUCUUGGUUUCAUCAGACCAGAGAAUCUUGUUUCUCAUGGUCUGCGAGUCUUUAGGUGCCUUUUGGCAAACUCCAAGCAGGCUGUCAUGUGCCUUUUACUGAGGAGUGGCUUCUGUCUGGCCACUCUACCAUAAAGGCCUGCUUGGUGGAGUGCUGCAGAGAUGGUUGUCCUUCUGGAAUGUUCUCCCAUCUCCACAGAGGAACUCUGGAGCUCUGUCAGAAUGACCAUUGGGUUCUUGGUCACCUCCCUGACCAAGGCCCUUCUCCCCAGAUUGCUCAGUUUGGCCGGGCGGCCAGCUCUAGGAAGAGUCUUGGUGGUUCCAAACUUCUUCCAUUUAAGAAUGAUGGAGGCCACUUUGUUCUUGGGGACCUUCAAUGCUGCAGAAAUGUUUUGGUACCCUUCCCCAGAUCUGUGCCUCGACACAAUCCUGUCUCGGAGCUCUACGGACAAUUCCUUUUAACCUCAUGGCUUGGUUUUUGCUCUGACAUGCACUUGUCAACUGUGGGACCUUAUAUAGACAGGUGUGUGCCUUUCCAAAUCAUGUCCAAUCAAUUGAAUUUACCACAGAUGGACUCCAAUCAAGUUGUAGAAACAUCUUAAAGGAUGAUUAAAAUAAAAUUGUAUUUGUCACAUGCACUGAAUGCAACAGGUAUAGACCUUACAUUGAAAUGCUUUCAAUGGAAACAGGAUAAACCUGAGCUCAAUUUUGAGUAUCAUAGCAAAGGGGUCUGAAUACUUAUGUAAAUUAGGUGCUUCUGUUUGUUGUUGUUUUUAUACAUUUGCAAACAUUUCUAAAAACCUGUUUUCACUUUUAUCAUUAUGGGGUAUUGUGAUGUCAUUAUGGGGUAUUGUGAUGUCAUUAUGGGGUAUUGUGAUGUCAUUAUGGGGUAUUGUGAUGUCAUUAUGGGGUAUUGUGUGUAGAUUGAUUUAAAACAUUUUAGAAUAAGGCUGUAACGUAACAACAUGUGGAAAAAGUCAAGGGGUCCUAAUAAGGCACUGUCUGUCCACUACACUAGUCUGUCCACUAUGUCCACUACACUAGUAUGUCCACUACACUAGUCUGUCCACUAUGUCCACUACACUAGUCUGUCCACUACAACAGUCUGUCCACUACAACAGUCUGUCCACUACACUAGUCUGUCCACUACACUAGUCUGUCCACUACACUAGUCUGUCCACUACACUAGUCUGUCCACUACAGCAGUCUGUCCACUACACUAGUCUGUCCACUACAGCAGUCUGUCCACUACACUAGUCUGUCCACUAUGUCCACUACACUAGUCUGUCCACUACACUAGUCUGUCCACUACACUAGUCUGUCCACUACACUAGUCUGUCCACUACAACAGUCUGUCCACUACACUAGUCUGUCCACUACACUAGUCUGUCCACUACACUAGUCUGUCCACUACACUAGUCUGUCCACUACACUAGUCUGUCCACUACAGCAGUCUGUCCACUACACUAGUCUGUCCACUACACUAGUCUGUCCACUACACUAGUCUGUCCACUACACUAGUCUGUCCACUACACUAGUCUGUCCACUACAGCAGUCUGUCCACUACACUAGUCUGUCCACUACACUAGUCUGUCCACUACACUAGUCUGUCCACUACACUAGUCUGUCCACUACACUAGUCUGUCCACUACACUAGUCUGUCCACUACAACAGUCUGUCCACUACAACAGUCUGUCCACUACACUAGUCUGUCCACUACACUAGUCUGUCCACUACACUAGUCUGUCCACUACACUAGUCUGUCCACUACACUAGUCUGUCCACUACACUAGUCUGUCCACUACACUAGUCUGUCCACUACACUAGUCUGUCCACUACACUAGUCUGUCCACUACACUAGUCUGUCCACUACACUAGUCUGUCCACUACAGCAGUCUGUCCACUACACUAGUCUGUCCACUACAGCAGUCUGUCCACUACAACAGUCUGUCCACUACACUAGUCUGUCCACUAUGUCCACUACACUAGUCUGUCCACUAUGUCCACUACACUAGUCUGUCCACUACACUAGUCUGUCCACUACAGCAGUCUGUCCACUACACUAGUCUGUCCACUACACUAGUCUGUCCACUACACUAGUCUGUCCACUACACUAGUCUGUCCACUACACUAGUCUGUCCACUACACUAGUCUGUCCACUACACUAGUCUGUCCACUAUGUCCACUACACUAGUCUGUCCACUAUGUCCACUACACUAGUCUGUCCACUACACUAGUCUGUCCACUACACUAGUCUGUCCACUACACUAGUCUGUCCACUACACUAGUCUGUCCACUACACUAGUCUGUCCACUACACUAGUCUGUCCACUACAACAGUCUGUCCACUACAACAGUCUGUCCACUACACUAGUCUGUCCACUAUGUCCACUACACUAGUCUGUCCACUACACUAGUCUGUCCACUACACUAGUCUGUCCACUACAACAGUCUGUCCACUACAACAGUCUGUCCACUACAACAGUCUGUCCACUACACUAGUCUGUCCACUACACUAGUCUGUCCACUACACUAGUCUGUCCACUAUGUCCACUACACUAGUCUGUCCACUACACUAGUCUGUCCACUACACUAGUCUGUCCACUACACUAGUCUGUCCACUACACUAGUCUGUCCACUACACUAGUCUGUCCACUAUGUCCACUACACUAGUCUGUCCACUACACUAGUCUGUCCACUACAGCAGUCUGUCCACUACACUAGUCUGUCCACUACACUAGUCUGUCCACUAUGUCCACUACACUAGUCUGUCCACUACAGCAGUAUGUCCACUACACUAGUCUGUCCACUAUGUCCACUACACUAGUCUGUCCACUACACUAGUCUGUCCACUACACUAGUCUGUCCACUACACUAGUCUGUCCACUACAACAGUCUGUCCACUACACUAGUCUGUCCACUACAGCAGUCUGUCCACUACACUAGUCUGUCCACUACACUAGUCUGUCCACUACACUAGUCUGUCCACUACACUAGUCUGUCCACUACACUAGUCUGUCCACUACACUAGUCUGUCCACUACACUAGUCUGUCCACUACACUAGUCUGUCCACUACAGCAGUCUGUCCACUACAGCAGUCUGUCCACUACACUAGUCUGUCCACUAUGUCCACUACACUAGUCUGUCCACUACACUAGUCUGUCCACUACACUAGUCUGUCCACUACACUAGUCUGUCCACUACACUAGUCUGUCCACUACAGCAGUCUGUCCACUACAACAGUCUGUCCACUAUGUCCACUACACUAGUCUGUCCACUACACUAGUCUGUCCACUACAGCAGUCUGUCCACUACACUAGUCUGUCCACUACAGCAGUCUGUCCACUACAGCAGUCUGUCCACUACAGCAGUCUGUCCACUACAGCAGUCUGUCCACUACACUAGUCUGUCCACUAUGUCCACUACACUAGUCUGUCCACUACACUAGUCUGUCCACUACAACAGUCUGUCCACUACAACAGUCUGUCCACUACAACAGUCUGUCCACUACACUAGUCUGUCCACUACACUAGUCUGUCCACUACACUAGUCUGUCCACUACACUAGUCUGUCCACUACACUAGUCUGUCCACUACAGCAGUCUGUCCACUACACUAGUCUGUCCACUACAGCAGUCUGUCCACUACACUAGUCUGUCCACUAUGUCCACUACACUAGUCUGUCCACUACACUAGUCUGUCCACUACACUAGUCUGUCCACUACAGCAGUCUGUCCACUACACUAGUCUGUCCACUACACUAGUCUGUCCACUACACUAGUCUGUCCACUACACUAGUCUGUCCACUACACUAGUCUGUCCACUACAACAGUCUGUCCACUACAACAGUCUGUCCACUACACUAGUCUGUCCACUACACUAGUCUGUCCACUACACUAGUCUGUCCACUACACUAGUCUGUCCACUACACUAGUCUGUCCACUACACUAGUCUGUCCACUACAGCAGUCUGUCCACUACACUAGUCUGUCCACUACAGCAGUCUGUCCACUACACUAGUCUGUCCACUAUGUCCACUACACUAGUCUGUCCACUACACUAGUCUGUCCACUACACUAGUCUGUCCACUACACUAGUCUGUCCACUACAACAGUCUGUCCACUACAACAGUCUGUCCACUACAACAGUCUGUCCACUACACUAGUCUGUCCACUACACUAGUCUGUCCACUACAGCAGUCUGUCCACUACACUAGUCUGUCCACUACACUAGUCUGUCCACUACACUAGUCUGUCCACUACACUAGUCUGUCCACUACACUAGUCUGUCCACUACACUAGUCUGUCCACUACACUAGUCUGUCCACUACACUAGUCUGUCCACUACACUAGUCUGUCCACUACACUAGGCUGUCCACUACACUAGGCUGUCCACUACACUAGGCUAUGUCCAUACUGUAUAUCUUACGAUCCAGAUCAGGGCUCUCCAACCCUGGUCCCUCUUGUAGGUUUUUUCUCCAACUCCAGCUUAUCAACCAGUUAAUCAUUAGAUUCGGGGGGGUUCGAUAACCUACAGGACAGUAUUUCUCCAGGAACAGGGUUGGAGAGACCUGAUCCAGGUAGUAAAAAAGUAUGAGUAGUCAUAUAAAGAUAAAUAUCCCCAGAGUAGUCAGUCACACUUCAACACUACACGCUGUCACACUACACGCUGUCACAAUACACGCUGUCACAAUACAGGCUGCCACACUACACGCUGCCACAAUACACGCUGCCACAAUACAGGCUGCCACACUACACGCUGCCACAAUACAGGCUGCCACACUACACGCUGCCACAAUACACACCGUCACAAUACACGCUGUCACAAUACACGCUGUCACAAUACACGCUGUCACAAUACACGCUGUCACACUACACGCUGUCACACUACACGCUGUCACACUACACGCUGUCACACUACACGCUGUCACAAUACACACCGUCACAAUACACGCUGCCACACUACACGCUGUCACACUACACGCUGUCACAAUACACGCUGUCACACUACACGCUGCCACAAUACACACCGUCACAAUACACGCUGUCACAAUACACGCUGUCACAAUACACGCUGUCACAAUACACGCUGCCACACUACACGCUGUCACAAUACACGCUGCCACAAUACAGGCUGCCACAAUACACGCUGUCACAAUACACGCUGUCACACUACACGCUGCCACAAUACACGCUGUCACAAUACACGCUGUCACACUACACGCUGCCACAAUACACGCUGUCACAAUACACGCUGUCACAAUACACGCUGCCACACUACACGCUGCCACACUACACGCUGUCACAAUACACGCUGUCACAAUACAGGCUGCCACACUACACGCUGCCACAAUACACGCUGUCACACUACACGCUGUCACACUACACGCUGUCACAAUACACGCUGUCACACUACACGCUGUCACACUACACGCUGUCACACUACACGCUGUCACACUACACGCUGCCACACUACACGCUGUCACAAUACACGCUGUCACACUACACGCUGUCACAAUACACACCGUCACAAUACACGCUGUCACACUACACGCUGUCACAAUACACGCUGUCACAAUACACGCAGAUUGCAUUCCAUCUUAUCUAUUACAUAUGAAUGACUAAAUGACAGCACUUUAUAAAUACAACUGAAACGAGUCACCAAACUUUCCUUUAACUUUUUUUCCUGUGGGGAUGUUCAUGUGAUUUCCAUAAAGAUGAUUUACAUUACAAUGGAGUCCUUCAGCAUUCACUCCUUUCCAGAGCGACUUACAAUCAAUCGGUCUGUUAAAACUACAGUAGAUAAAUCAACUAGCACGAUCACUGUACAAGAGAAACACCCAGCUGUCUGCAUAAUCAAUACUAGUAAGUGUAAAGGCAAAGAUAAGUAAAUAUCAACAUUACGUGUGUGUUUCAUUCAGAAAGACCCUUUUUAUUACGGUUAUUGUCAGAUUAUCCGUUUUGUCAGUCAUUCGUUGUGUAAUGUAGGCUGAAUACUGAAUAGCCGCGUAGAAUUUACAGUGCAGUUCUGUUAUGAACUUUACUCAUUCCUGAUCACCAGGGUCAUAUUCAUUGGUGCACACAGUACUGAAACGUUUUACAACUGAAACAAGUGUUUUUUUUAUGGGACAAGUUCAGUUAGUCCCUCCCUGUUUCAGCCCUUCAGGUAGUCCCUCCCUGUUUCAGCCCUUCAGGUAGCCCCUCCCUGUUUCAGCCCUUCAGGUAGCCCCUCCCUGUUUCAGCCCUUCAGGUAGCCCCUCCCUGUUUCAGCCCUUCAGGUAGCCCCUCCCUGUUUCAGCCCUUCAGGUAGCCCCUCCCUGUUUCAGCCCUUCAGGUAGCCCCUCCCUGUUUCAGCCCUUCAGGUAGUCCCUCCCUGUUUCAGCCCUUCAGUUAGUCCCUCCCUGUUUCAGCCCUUCAGGUAGUCCCUCCCUGUUUCAGCCCUUCAGGUAGCCCCUCCCUGUUUCAGCCCUUCAGGUAGCCCCUCCCUGUUUCAGCCCUUCAGGUAGUCCUUCCCUGUUUCAGCCCUUCAGGUAGUCCCUCCCUGUUUCAGCCCUUCAGUUAGUCCCUCCCUGUUUCAGCCCUUCAGGUAGUCCCUCCCUGUUUCAGCCCUUCAGGUAGUCCCUCCCUGUUUCAGCCCUUCGGGUAGUCCCUCCCUGUUUCAGCCCUUCGGGUAGCCCCUCCCAGUUUCAGCCCUUCGGGUAGCCCCUCCCUGUCUCAGCCCUUCAGGUAGUCCCUCUCUGUUUCAGCCCUUCAGGUAGCCCCUCCCUGUUUCAUCCCUUCAGGUAGUCCCUCCCUGUUUCAGCCCUUCGGGUAGCCCCUCCCAGUUUCAGCCCUUCGGGUAGCCCCUCCCUGUCUCAGCCCUUCAGGUAGUCCCUCUCUGUUUCAGCCCUUCAGGUAGCCCCUCCCUGUUUCAUCCCUUCAGGUAGUCCCUCUCUGUUUCAGUCCAUUUCUUCUGUUUGGUGCCUGGUGAAUAUGACUCAGGUGAGAUGAGGGGUGGACCUAUGAGGGAUGGAUAGCAGUAUUCAUUCAUCACUAGUUCCUAUACUGUACACUGAGCAGUACUACGUACCACUCCUGGGAUUCCCCUCACAUGUACUGUUUCCAUAUUUAUUGCACUGUUUACGUUUUGAAAUCAUGGAUAUGAAUUACUUCAAUGGGAACCAGUCAUUGUUUUUUGACUGUAUGAGGAACAACUUUGAUACCGUUCAUAUUUUAACUAAAUGUCUUUAUUAAGAAAGUAUUCCACUGAGGAAAAUAUAAAUGUAAAAAUGUGUUGAAAUGUGUUGAAGAGUAAUGAUGAUAACAGGUGAAAGAGCUUUACCUAAUUGAGUGAUCUCUGCUUAGCUUUUCAGAUGAAUCAGAGAGCUGUUUUGUCUUAAUAUUUAAAUAAAUGUUAACUUAACAAUGUAUGAUUUAUUACAGAAAAUAAAGACCGUUGUGAUGUC